AUGCAUGCAUUGGGCUCUCUAUUGUUCCCAAACUCUGGGUGGGCAGCAACGGUAGAGUGCGAGAGCUACAAACUCGUUGGAGAUAACCAUAAGAACGACACAUUUCUUGAUUUUCCGGUACCGAAGACGUAUGGAGUGGUCCAUCAUCAGACCAGCUUAGGGGUUCCUGUUUUGUCGGAGGGAAAUGGAUUAAACAACAAUUCGGUCGUGAUCAAGAAGCUUAAUCACAAUGCCAAUGAGCGUAACCGUCGCCAGAAAGCCAACGCUUUGUUCUCAUCUCUUCGUUCAUGUCUUCCAAGUUCAUAUCAGUCGAAGAAGCUAAGUAAUCCUGAGACCGUUUCACGGAGUGUGCUGUACAUACCUGAGCUGCAAGAGGAAGUGAAGAAGCUAAUACAAAAGAAGGAAGACCUCUUGGUGCGAGUAUCGGACCAAAGAGAACAUUACGUUAAGCCGGAACCAAAGGUGGCUGCUAGUUAUUUCUCCACCGUUUUUGCAACUAACCUUGUAGACAACAAAGUGACGGUCCAAAUCUCAUCGUCCAAGAUUCAUAAUUUUUCGAUAUAUAAUGUGUUGAAUGGACUAGAAGAAGAUGGGUUUGUUAUCGUGAAUGUUUCAUCUUCGAGUUCUCAAGGAGAAUGGCUCUUUUACACUUUACAUCUUCAAGUAGACAAGAUUGAUAGUUACAAGCUAAUUUGCGAAGAUUUAAGUCAAAGGGUUCUGUACUUGUAUGAGAAAUGUGGAAACUCGUUUAAAUGA